UCUCUCUCCAUUCUCUCUCUCCGCUGUUCUUGCCAAGCGGGAGAGGAAAACAAAGCUCUGUAUUCAAUUAUUUCCCACAAAUUUCACAUCUCCUCUCCUUUCUCUUGCGUCAACAACAUACCAUUAUCUCUCCAUGACGAUCGAAGAGUGCAACAACAUUCCAAGAAAGCUGAAGAAGAAGAAGAAUCACCAUGAAACGAAGACGAGAGCUGGAAAAGGAGGAGAGGUCGAGACUGCAUCCGCGGUGAAGCAAGGAGAAAGCGAGGAGGAGACGUCUCCGAGGGGUGUUUUGGAGAUGCUGGCGUCGGGCAUAGACAUCGACGAUCUGCAGUGGAAAAAGAAGCUCUGCCAUGUCACGAUGACCUCCUCCGCAUGGAAGGUUCCCACCAUCUCCUUGAUCGGAGGGGGCAAGAUACCACUCAGGAGACGGAUGCAGGGGAGACGAAGCAACUCUGAGGACAUCGGAGAUUUCAUCAUGCCUAAACCGUCGUGGAGGAAUUUCACCUAUGAGGAGUUAAGACAUGCAACCCAAGAUUUUUCUUCAGAUAUGUUGAUUGGGAAAGGGGGGCAUGCUGAAGUUUACAUAGGGAAGUUGAAUGAUGGUCAAGUUGUGGCAGUGAAGAAGAUAAUGAAGGAGGAGAAGAACGACGAAGAAAAGAAUGGCGACUUCUUGGCUGAGCUGGGGAUCAUUGCCCACAUCGACCACCCCAACACGGCUAAGCUCAUAGGUUUCAGCACUGAUCAGGGCUUGUACCUCGUGCUCCAGUACUUGUCCUAUGGCAGCCUUGCCACUGCCCUACACGGCUCAGAAGAUUGUCGUCUGGAGUGGGAGACACGGUACAAGUUGGCUAUCGGGGUGGCCAAGGGCUUGCAGUACCUUCAUUCCAACUGCCAUAGGCGAGUAAUUCACAGAGAUAUAACGGCCUCAAACAUCUUACUCUCUGAGGAUUAUGAAGCUCAGAUAUCCGAUUUUGGACUAGCAAAAUGGCUUCCUGAGAGCUGGGCUCAUCUUGUUGUUUCUCCAAUCGAGGGCACUUUUGGUUACAUGGCCCCGGAGUACUUCAUGCAUGGGUUGGUUAACGAGAAGACCGAUGUGUUUGCCUUUGGUGUUCUCUUGCUCGAGCUUAUCACAGGGCGCCGUGCAGUUGAUUCCUCCAGCCAAAGCCUAGUGAUGUGGGCGAAGCCUCAUUUGGAGAACAACAGCGUGGAUGAGAUAGCCGACCCUAGAUUAGGAGGAAACUACAACGUUGUGGAAUUGAAGCGCGCAAUGUUCACAGCAUCGACCUGCAUCCACCACCUGCCUACCCUUCGGCCAAACAUGACCCGUGUUGUGCAGCUUCUGAAAGGCGAUAAUGGGCUGGACAUGAAGCAGAAGUCCAUGGGAGAGCGCGUGCAGAAGAUGAGAGACGAAAGCAUGCAUGACAUGAAGCAGAAGUCGAUGGGGGAACGAAUACUUCACAUAGACGCCUGUGACGAAGAGGACUAUGAAUCGCCCACUUACCUCACGGAUUUGAAUCGCCAUAUGCAGCUAGUUAUGGAGUAGUGUGUGUGUAUAUAUAUAUAUAGCAACAACACCAUAGAGAAUCAGGAGAGUUGUGUUUCUCACCUCUUUUUUCUAGUGUUUGAUGUUUUAAGUAUUGUUGCUACCCUGGCAUGGAAAUGGGUGUAGGUGCUAAAAAACAAAUAGCUUUUGGAUUA